CCUCAAUCAUCUUCAGAUCACAGGCCUUGAAUAAUUUAUCUCCUCCAACUCCAAGAGAGACAGAGAAACAGAUCGUAUCAUCAUCACGACCAUUGCAAUAAGCGAGAGAGAGAGAUUAAAAAAAAUGUCUGGAAUGGUAGAUGCGAGCUCGUGGGGAGCAGCGUUGGUAAGGAUCUCUCCGUACACUUUCUCCGCAAUCGGAAUCGCCAUCUCGAUCGGCGUCUCUGUCCUCGGCGCCGCCUGGGGGAUUUACAUCACGGGGAGUAGUUUGAUCGGUGCGGCUAUUGAAGCUCCUCGUAUCACUUCCAAGAAUCUCAUCAGUGUAAUCUUUUGCGAAGCUGUAGCUAUAUAUGGGGUUAUUGUUGCAAUCAUUCUGCAAACGAAGUUGGAGAGUGUCCCAACUUCAAAGAUGUAUGAUGCCGAGUCUCUCAGAGCUGGAUAUGCAAUCUUCGCGUCUGGAAUCAUAGUUGGAUUCGCCAACCUUGUUUGCGGUUUAUGUGUAGGAAUCAUUGGAAGCAGUUGCGCAUUGUCUGAUGCUCAGAACUCCACACUCUUUGUGAAGAUCCUUGUGAUUGAGAUUUUUGGAAGCGCUCUCGGGUUGUUUGGAGUUAUUGUGGGGAUCAUUAUGUCCGCACAAGCAACAUGGCCGACCAAAUAGAUACAACCUCUCUGAAACCCUGGAGAGAACAUGUUUUCUUGAUUAUCUUCAUUGUUAUAUGGAUACUUUCAUCUCUAGAAGGAAAACCAGUGUGAAAACUGAGAACCUCUUUUGUAUCCCUGAUUUUUUAUAUUGUUUAAUACUUUGUAAUAAAUCUCUUUGGAGAACAUCUUCUUGUUUGUAUUCUCUUGUAAUCAAAGUCAAGAGUUUGUAUAUGACUUUGUUGUUGCUCUUUAUUGAUAUUGAAAGUUCAAUUC